UGCGUUAGCUCCACGUGAAUUUUCACUACUUAAGCUCCUCAGAUCGAUCCUCUUGAUUCAUUCCGCUACACAGGAAGCAAGGAAAACCCACUGUUCUCUCUACUGAAGCUACAAGGACAUCAUCAUCAUACAAUGUCAAAACCCUCGUCCCACGCUGAAGAUUUAUAUCUCUCAUCCUCCACGGAGGAAGAUUCGUCGGCACCGCCGCCGCCACCGCCGAAGGUUGACGUGAUCGACAAAAGAAAAAAUCCAAGCCGCCGACAUCGACGAGCUCGAGCAAGAGGUCAAAACGUUCGUCCCAUACCGAUUCGUAUCUCUCAUCCUCCACUGAGGAAGAUUUGCCAGCACCGCCACCGCUACCACCGAAGGCUGACGCGGUCGAAAAAGAAAAAAUCCAAGCCAUCGACAUCGUCAGCAAGCUCGAGCAAGAGGGUCAGAAUAGCUCCUGUGAAGCCGCGGCACGGCACUGCAGCGGAACUAUUCGGUGCCGAUAGCGAUGACGAGGGAUUAGAAGCGAACCAACCUGCAGGGGAGGUGGGAUCACGUAACCGUCCGUUAUCCAGAACUAUUUUAAUGAAAUGUGACAAAUGUCAAAUUAAAUUGCCUAAGAAUGAAUACAAUGCCCAUUUGAGAACUAAUUUACAUAAAUCGAAUUGCAUAUUGAAAACUGAUUUGAAUAAUAUUGAAAUUAUAGCAACAGCCUUUAAAAACAGAAUAGUCACCUAUCGUCUGAAUGCAACACAAAAUGAAUACGUAACUCCUGAGACGUUUUUGUGUGAUAUCAAAAGUAACAUUAUGAAAGUUGUAGAAAUGUCAUUACGGGAACAUAAAAGUAUCAAAAUAAACUAUGAGCUUUUCGUUUACUUUACAUUACCUCAUUCAGGCAAACAACAGUUAAAGUCAUUCAAUACAAAAUAUGAUGUUAUUUAUGAAAACACAAAUAUCAAUGAACUGUUUGAAAAUACGAUUGAACAUUUAAAAAAUAAAGUUAUAGAAUUUGAGCACCGUGAAUCAGGCUGGUCUUUUGUCGCAAUAAGUCAUUUAGAAGUUAACGUAAACAAGUAUUGUCCGAUGCGAGGAGGUACUUACAUACCUUUACCCCCAAGUGUCAAAAAUACUAAAAGCUGCAUUAAUAUUCAAAACAACGAUAAUUGUUGCUUUUUAUGGAGUAUACUGGCUGGUCUAUAUCCUGCAAAGAAUAAUGUGUGUCGAACUAAAUCAUACCCGCACUAUUCAGAUGUUUUAAAUAUCGAUGGAAUGUCAUUCCCAUUAUCAGUCAGCGAUAUACAGUUAUUUGAAAAAAAUAACCCUGAUAUAAGCAUUUGUAUAUAUGGAUUGGAUAAUAAGUAUGCAGUAACAGGUCCUCUAUAUAGAUCCAAAUCAAAGAAAAAUAAUCAUUUUAAUCUAUUAUAUAUUGAAGUCGUUGGUAAAGGACAUUACUGUUUAAUUAAAGACCUGGUACGAUUAGUUAGAAGACAAGUAACUUUACAUAGAGGCCACAUGCAUUUCUGUGACUCAUGUUUGCAAUUUUUUAAAAGCGAUAAUAAAUUUAAAACACACCAUUGUUCCGAAAUUGUAACAGUUUUACCUAAUGAAAAUACUGUCAUUCAAUUUAAGAACUUCGAACGUAAACAAAAAAUCAAUUUUAUUAUAUACGCUGAUUUUGAAAGUAUGUUAAUUAAUUGUAAUUCAGACAGUAGUAAAAAUACGCAAAACCUAAAAAAGCAUGUCCCGACAUGUUUCGGUUAUUACAUAUGCUGCUCGCACGAUGCAAGUUUGAAUAAAUAUGUUUCUUACAGAGGUGAAGAUUGUGUAAAAGUUUUUGUUGAAUGGUUAAUAAACGAUAUUCAUGAAAUUCACAACAUACUAAUUAAAAAUAAUCCUAUGAAUCCAUUAACAUAUAAAGAAAAGUGUAAUUAUGAGAAUGCUACACACUGUCAUAUUUGUAAGCAGUUUUUAUUUGGUGACAAAGUCCGUGAUCACGAUCACAUUACAUCAGAGUACAGAGGUGCAGCUCAUUCACUUUGCAAUUUGAAAUACAGAAUCUGUUCCUUUAUACCAGUUGUCUUACAUAAUUUGACGGGGUAUGAUAGUCAUUUAUUUAUAGAAGAACUUGCAAAGUACCCCGGGUCUAUCAAAAUAAUGCCACAGUCCAAGGAAAAAUAUUCAAGCAUAACAAAAACUAUAUAUUCUACUAACAAAUCGAGCGCCAAACCAAUUGAAAUAAAGUUUAUCGAUUCUUUUCAAUUUCUUAGUUCCAGUUUAUUUGAGUUAACCAAAAGUUUGAAUAAAGAGGAUUUUGUUAACUUGUCUAAAGAAUUUACUGAUACCCACCACUUUCAGUUAUUAACACGUAAAGGUGUUUAUCCCUAUGAUUACAUUGAUUCCUGGUUGAAAUAUGAAGACAAUAAACUACCGACAAAAGAAAUGUUUUAUAAUACUCUAAAAUCUAAACACAUCUCAGAUAUUGAUUAUAAUCAUGCCGAAACUGUGUGGUCAGCUUUUAAUAUAAUGACUUUAGGGGAAUAUACUGAUUUAUACUUAAAAUGUGACGUCUUGUUGUUAAGCGAUGUGUUUGAACAUUUUAGAAAUACAAGUUUGAAGCAUUAUAAUCUAGACCCAGCCUAUUAUGUAUCUGCACCUAAUUUAAGUUGGGAUGCUAUGCUUUUGUUUACAGACGUAAAAUUACAGUUAAUACACGACUUAGAAGUAUAUCAGAUGAUAGAAAGAGGGAUACGUGGUGGAUUAGCCCAGUGUUCUCUUCGGAAUUCAAAAGCAAACAAUAAAUACACCCCUGAUUUUGAUACUUCUAGACCCACCUCAUAUUUGAUGUAUCUGGAUUGUAACAAUCUCUAUGGUUAUGCUAUGAGACAAAAAUUACCUGUAUCAGACUUUGAGUUUUUAACUUUAGAUCGGGUUAGAAAUUUUGACAUACUGACUAUACCAGAAAACGGUGAACAUGGAUACAUUUUAGAAGUUGACAUGAGUUAUCCUGAUCAUUUACACGAUCUGCAUGCCGAUUUGCCUUUUGCACCUGAAAGGUUUGUUCCCCCAGGUGGGAAGUCAGAAAAGUUAAUUGCAAAUUUAUAUGACAAAUACAACUAUAUCAUUCAUUUCGUACAUUUGAAGGAAUGUUUAAAGAACGGGUUAGUGUUACAGAAAAUACAUCGCAUUCUACGUUUUAGACAGUCUAACUUCUUACAAAAAUAUAUUGAUCUAAAUACUCGAUUACGACAAGAAGCUUCUACUUCAUUUGAAAAAGACUUUUUUAAACUAUUAAAUAAUGCUAUAUUUGGAAAAACAAUUGAAAAUAAGCGAAAACAUUUACAUGUUCAAUUAGCAAUAAAAUGGAAAGACAAUGACAAUAAAACAAACAAACACUUAGGUGCAGAAAAAAUAUUAUUAAAACCUAAUGUAAAGAAUGUAUCCAUAUUUAAUGAAAACUUUGUGGCUGUUCAAUUAAGUCCUGAAAAAAUUUGUUUAGACCGCCCGAUUUAUAUUGGAUUUACAGUUUUAGAAUUGGCAAAAACACAUUUAUAUCAAUUUCAUUAUAAUUUCAUUAAAAAAACGUACAAAGAAAACGUGAAACUCUGUUAUACUGAUACUGAUAGCCUUCUUUAUAACAUUAUUACUGAUGACUUUUACAAUGAUCUAAAUAAAAACAUAUCAAAAUAUGAUACUAGUAAUUAUGACCACAAUAACCCUUAUGGUAUACCUAAACUAAAUGCUAAAGUACCUGGUUUAUUUAAAGAUGAAUUUGGUGGUACGGUAAUUACUGAAUUUAUUGGAUUAAGAGCAAAACUGUACUGUUUAAAAAAUGUAAAGAAGACAAUAACGAAAGCAAAAGGUGUCACAAAACCUAUAACGAAUAAAUUAAGAAUUAAACAUUUUGACAAAGUUUUGCAAACAAAAAAAGUGUAUACCCAUAAUAUGAAUAUGAUUCGAUCAAUCAAACAUGUUUUAUAUUCACAGCAAGUUGAUAAAGUAGUUUUAAACUGCAACGAUGAUAAAAGGCAGAUAUUGCCUGACAAUAUACAAACAUUACCAUGGGGGCACUGUAAGACUAUAUUUUAAAUUAUAUAAUAAUGUGAUACUAAAAUUUGUUUUUGUUUGUUUUUUUUUGUACCUAUCUGUAAUAAUCUCCAGAAAUUUAAUAAAUUUAUUUACUCUGUUAAUCAAUUGUUUUAUUUAUGUUAAGACAUAUCCUAUAAAAAGCGUUGAGAUAUCAUAUUUUUUUCAUAAUAACAAUGAAAUUCAUUAAGCAUACCCAAACUCUGGAAGUAAAUAAUAUAAUCGUUGAAAAUGACGUGCAUAAAAAUACAAGACAUAGUACAUUAUUACCUAAUACAAUCCGCUGUAUAAUAUGUGGACCUUCAAACUGUGGUAAAACUAAUGUAAUAUUAAAUUUAUUAUUACAUGAAAAUGGUCUAAAGUUUAAAAAUAUCUAUUUGUAUUCAAAGACCGCUUUUCAGCCAAAAUAUCGCUACCUCCAACUAAUUAUGGAGAAAAUUCCAGAUGCUAACUUUUUAAUAUUUAAUGACAAUAAAGACGUUAUCCAUCCAAAUGAUGCUAUGACCAAUUCAAUCAUGAUUUUCGAUGAUGUUGUAUGUGAAAAUCAAGUGAACAUUAGGAAUUACUUUGCUAUGGGAAGACAUCGACAAAUUGAUUGUUUUUAUUUAUCGCAAACUUACUCCAAAAUUCCGAAGCAACUGUUAAGAGACAAUGUGAAUCUCUUAAUUGUUUUUAAACAAGAUGAUACUAACUUAAAACAUAUAUACAAUGAACAUGUAAACACCGAUAUGGAUUGGAUAAAAUUUAAAGAACUUUGUUCAAUUAUAUGGGAUGAUUGUUUUAGCUUUUUAUUAAUUAAUAAAGAUUGUACACUAGAUAAAGGACGAUAUAGACAGGGGUUUGAUACAUUUAUUUACUUUUAAAUUUCCCAUUAUUUAAUGUUUUAAAUGUUGACGAAGGCUCACUUGAAACUGAGUGCUCGUAUUAAAAGGUUGGUGUCAAGACUGCUGAAAUGGAUACACAUUUAAAAGAUCAACUUAUCAAAGCAGUAGAUAACAUAAAAAACAAAAUAAAGAAGAUAAAUAAUGAAGAACAUGAAAAUAAUAUUAAUUUAAAAAAAGUUUUUAAACCUAUUACUGAACCAUUAGAAAACCUCGUUAUGCAAAGUUCUUUUGUUAAACCAGCUAUUAACAUGACUACAAGUACAGAUACGAGUGACAAAUCUCAGAAUUUAAAUGAUUCUAUAGGAUACAAAAAUUUCAAAGAGAUAAUUGCUCCUGAUCAGCAUUCAGAAUAUUAUGAAUACUCUAAUGUUAGUAAUAAAACUUCUCAAGAACAAAAUAAUGAUACACUUCUAUCUCUAAAAAAAGAAGACAUGAUUGAUUUAUAUGAGGACAUCAAUAUACCAUUCGGGAUUCGUAGCACGAAUAAAAAGUUGAUGAUGGGUAAUUCUGAUGUAUACUUGUCUUUGGUAAAUAAGACUUCCGAUACUGAAAAACAAUAUGUUAUUACUAUAGACAACAAAAAAUUUGAAUUAACCGCAGGGUUGAAAGAACUAUUGAUGCGAAACAAACCCAAUCUCAGUCUUGUUACUGAAAAAGAUAAAACUGAAUACAAAGAAAUGUUAACCCGUACAAACGCACAUAAACGAGAUUUUGAUC